GUUGUCAGGUGGGGUUUCUGGCGGCGGGUGUUCCUAUAAUUAGAUUGAAGGAGUUAGUUUGGGGACAUAAGGACAUCUCUCAAACACUUUUGGUCGGUUCCUCAAUGCUCAUUCUGAUCAAGCCUACAGACAGACAGACAGUUUGGAGACAACAUUUCCGUCWGUGUCUGGACAGCUUUAUCGCUGCUAGAAAGGAACCAAAGCCAGGGACAACGGACAAGGUAGAUGGGUCUGGUACAGUGGUUGAAGGGCCAGUUCUUGUGUACCCUGAUCAUCUGCUAUGGGUUCUUGGUCAGCGGUCUCCUGGUCAACCUAUUACAGAUCUGCACUCUGCCCCUCUGGCCAAUCAACAAGCAGCUGGCCCGGCGGAUCAACUGUAAACUGGGAUACUCCCUCACCAGCCAGUCUGUGGCGCUCCUAGAGUGGUGGUCUGGCACUGAAGUAACUUUCUACACAGACCCAGCGAACUACCAAAUCUACGGCAAAGAGAACGCCAUCAUCGUCCUUAACCACAACUUUGAAAUAGACUUUCUGUGUGGCUGGACCUUCUGUGACAGAUUUGGGGUCCUUGGGGCCUCCAAAUGUUUAGCCAAGAAAGAGUUGUCGUACCUGCCUGUGAUUGGCUGGAUGUGGUACUUCCUGGAGAUGGUGUUUAUUAAGAGGAAGUGGGAGGAGGAUGAGAGGAGCUUUGUCCAGAGUCUUCAGAACCUACGGGAUUACCCCGAGAACUUCUGGUUCCUGCUCCACUGUGAGGGAACACGCUUCACAGAGGAGAAGCAUCAGAUCAGUAUGAAGGUGGCAGAGAAGAAAGGCCUGCCUAAACUCAAACACCACCUCCUGCCCAGGACCAAGGGCUUCUGGGUAGCCGUCCAGAACCUCAGAGGGACAGUUGCUGCGGUGUACUGUUGUACACUAAAUUUCAGAAACAACGAAACACCAACCUUGCUGGGAGUUAUCAACGGGAAAAAAUAUCAUCCAGAUUUAUACAUAAGGAGAAUCCCUCUGGAGUCCGUACCAGAAGAUGAGGCUGAAUGUUCCUCCUGGCUUCACAAACUCUACCAGGAGAAGGACCAGUUCCAGGAGGACUACAGCCRGACAGGGUGUUUCCCUGGCCCUGUAGUCACGCCUCCACGUGGGCCCUGGGCCCUGAUCAACUGGAUAGGCUGGACCUGCCUUCUCCUAUACCCCCUCUACCUCCUCCUGGUCCAGCUGGUCAACUCUGGGUCUAUUCUCACCAUACUGGCCACCGUGGGCUUCUGCUCUGCAGUGUCAGUUGGUGUGCGCUGGAUGAUUGGACAGACUGAGAUUAAGAGAAGCUCCAGCUAUGGGGUCCCACUGAACUGAGGAGAUGGCCUUACAACUGCAAGAUCCUUCCCAGCUCCCAGGGACCACUCACAUUACCAAUAUCAUCCCUACAGCACAGUUCACCUCCAGCAAAUAACUCAUUCCAAAGAAAGAAUGUUGCUGGUCAGAGAUGGCAUUGCAUUCAACUCAAGUACGACAAGAAGGGUGGAAGGUGCUUCAGCAGUCUCUUGCCAAUACAUGAAUAUACUGCACCUACAAACACAUACUGUGCAUUCAAAGUAUUUAGACCCCUUGACUUUUUACAGAUUGUUACRUUAGCCUUAUUCUAAAAUGGAUUAAAUAGUUUCCCCCC